AUGGCCUUCCUACUCUACACCUCCCUCUUCAUCUUCCUCGCCGUCGCAACAAUCCUCUACGCCACCCGCCAAAUCUGGAAACCCUUCGCGCCCCCGAUCCCCUACCUAACAGCGCCCGGCACCAUUCCCGAACCAAUCUACAACAUCCUCGACGCCAUCACCCAAAAGAUCGACUCUUACCGCUACUCUGCAUUACCCACAACCUUCCAAGAAGACGCCGAAGCCGGCCUGCACUCUUCCCACUUCAACCUAUCCGAAAACAUCGAAGCGGGGGACAGUCGCCAGGGAUUGGACGAGGCGACGAAACGGGAGAUUUAUAUUCUGAUGAGGAAGAGGAAUGUGGGCUUUGAUGAGGCGAGGAGGAUGUGGGUUGAGGAGAGGUUUGGGAGGGAGGGGAUUGGGGCUGAUGGGAGGCCGUUGGAUCGGAAGGCGGUUAUGUUUAGUUGA